AUGCCCGACCUAAAUGACUCCUCCCAUUUUUCUCCCUAUCGCUCAGAUGGCAAAUUGUACGGCUUCGUCUGCGUCGUCACAGGGGCAACGCAGUCAAUUGGCCAGGCAAUCGUUGGCGAGCUCGCUGCGCAUGGGGCAGCUUGCAUCUAUGCCUGUACCAGAACUACCAACGAAGACACCUCCGACAUAGCCUCCACCCUCAGCGAAACCCACCCCAACACCAAGAUAAUACCGUACCCUUUGAUUGCAGCCGACGAGCAAGCAACCCUGACCCUGAUCGAUGACAUCUUAAACUCCUGGGGGAGACUCGAUGUCUGGGUCAGCAGUUCCGGCCUGCUGGGUCCCCCGUCAAUUGACAUGACAACGCCUUCCGAUCUCCAGAAGUGCUUCGAGGCGAACAGUCUAGCGCCGUUCUUCGCAUUGAAAUAUGCACCUGCUGCUAUGGGAAAGCUGGCGAGCAAGGGCAACUACCCCAAUGCUGCGCCGAAAGAUCAGAAAUAUGGAAGCAUCAUCGUUGUCAGCUCCGUAGCCUCGACGUAUGGGGGAUGCUGGGGCCCUUGCUACACGAUGAGUUCUCACGCAGCAUUGGGAGUUGUGCAGGCCGGCGUGGCCGUCCUCAAAGGUUCUGGCGUUCGCAUCAAUUGCAUAUCACCAGGUCAGAUUGAUGUCGGUAUAGAUUUGAAGGGGUUCGACAUGCGGGGCAUGAAAUCUCAAUUACCUCCUGCAAACCUGCAAUCGCCUGAGUCACAGAAGGAGCAUAUUGGCCUUGAGCGUGCGGGGUCGCCAAGCGAAGUUGCGAGAGUAGCUGGCUUUCUAGCCAGCGGUUUCAGCAGCUACAUGACUGGCGCUAACAUGGUCGUUGACGGUGGAGCCUCGGUCAUGAUGCCACUCACACUCCCAAUCUGA